AUGGAAAAUAAAACCAUGCUGACUGAGUUCAUACUUCUAGGUCUAACAGACAUUCCUGAGCUCCAGGCAGCAAUUUUCACUUUUUUUUUCCUCACCUACAUACUCAGCAUCACUGGAAAUAUGACCAUCCUCAUCCUCACCGUGCUGGACUCCCACCUUCAAACUCCCAUGUAUUUCUUUCUACGGAAUUUUUCCUUCUUGGAAAUUUCCUUCACAAACAUCUUUAUUCCUAGGCUUCUCAUCAGCAUUAUAACAGGGAACAAGAGUAUCAGCUUUACUGGCUGCUUCACUCAGUAUUUCUUUGCCAUAUUCCUUGGAGCAACAGAGUUUUACCUCCUGGCUGCCAUGUCCUAUGAUCGCUAUGUGGCCAUCUGCAAACCUCUGCAUUACAUAAACAUCAUGAGCAUCAGAGUCUGCACACAGCUAGUUCUCUGCUCUUGGCUGGCUGGGCUAAUGACUAUUAUACCACCAAUCACUCUGAUGAGCCAGCAGGACUUUUGUGCAUCCAACAGGUUGGAUCAUUACUUCUGUGACUUUGAGCCUCUUCGAGAACUCUCUUGUUCAGACACGAGCCUCCUAAAGAAGGUUGUCCUUCUUGUGGCAUCUGUGACCCUGCUAGUCACAUUAAUACUGGUGAUUUUCUCCUAUACAUUCAUCAUCAGAACUAUUCUGAAACUACCCUCAGCCCAGCAAAGGACAAAAGCCUUUUCCACCUGUUCUUCCCAUAUAAUUGUCAUCUCCCUCUCUUACGGAAGCUGCUUUUUUCUUUACGUUAAGCCUUCAGCAAAAGGAGGGGAUGCAUUCAACAAGGGAGUAGCUCUACUCAUCACUUCAGUUGCACCUUUACUGAACCCCUUCAUUUACACCCUAAGAAACCAACAGGUAAAGCAAGCCCUCAAGGAUAUAGUCAAAAAGCUUGUGAGUGUUUAA